AUAAAUGUUAGUGGAAUGAUGCUUUUAUUGAGUAGAUUGAUGAUUGCAUAUGUAUUUGUAUUAAAUGACAUGUAAACUCUCGGACUCUGUGGAACUGUAAUAUACCAAGGAUUUAAAAUUUAUGCUAUAAUUCACUUAUUACAUAACUAGCGAAGGAUUUAUUUAACAAAAACUGGAAUAUAUACAUAAAUAUAUAUCAUUUAUUAGACUGAAAAAAUCAAUCUUACACUUUGAAUGAACCCUACUCUGGAAUAUCAAAAUAUUAGAUCACAAACAAUGGAAAUUAUUAUGCAAUAUUUUGGGUUAAAAUAACAAUUCUCUUCACUCAUUCACUCACACACCCACACGUGUGCAUUCACGCACACAUUGUUCAAUGAUUCAAUGUCUACACAUCAACCUUAAAAUUUGCAUUCAUACAAAAAAUCCUUUUGAAAAUGAACAAGAAACCCAAUCAAUAAACCUGAGGCAAGAGAAGAAGGAUCACAAAUAGGAAUCCUGUCAAUAAUCAUAAUAAUACCAAAAAUAACUUGAAAUGUUAACAUCACACGAGAGAAACCUAUCGUUCCAUUUUAAACUGACCACUAUAUUUACUUACCUUAUAUUAUCAUUGAAUUAUUUCAAUGCUCAAUACAUUCAACCAGGACUAUGCGAUAGCCGAUGUCAUUGUCCUAAAGGUGAAGGUGUUGUCCACUGUGAUAGACAAGAUCAUCUACACGGUGUACCGACAAAUAUCCCGAAUGGUGUAACAAAAUUAUUCAUCCAACAAAGUGAUUUUCCAAUACCAAAUUUUAUAAAUGAAGCUAAUAUGACUGGAUUAGAAAAGUUGGAGUAUUUACGCAUUAUUUAUUGUAAUCUACAAGUUAUUGAACCUAGAACAUUUAUUAAAAUGACUGAAUUAAAACAUUUAGAUUUGUCGCAUAAUUCAAUUAUCCGAUUAGAAUCGUAUACAUUUUAUGGAUUACAAUUGACGAAUUUAUAUCUACGUGAACAACAUUCAUUACCAGAGUCAGGAAUGUUGAUUACAGAAGAUUCAUUUCAUGGUUUAUCAGCAAGUCAAAUUAAUUUACGUGGUAAUCGUAUUCAAUCGGUUCAAUAUGAAAUAUUUGGUAAAGUACCAGGUCUUGAACGUUUAAUCUUAUCAGAUAAUCGUAUAGCAUAUAUUGAUGAUGGUUUUGAAAGAUAUUUUGAUACACCGAAUCGACUGCUUGAUUUAACUGGGAAUCCAUUAGAGUGUAAUUGUCGUUUAUCAUGGAUUGCUCAAAGAAGUAUUGAUUGGAGAGAUAGUCUACCUGGGUUGAAUAUGACAUGUAUUCAUUAUACUAGGUCAGAAAGAUCAGGUAAAGGAAAAAUGGUCUUUGAAAUUGCAAAGCUAACCGCCGAUCAACUUUGUCCAACAUCACGUAUCCAACAGAUAUUCAUCAAUGUCCUCGAAGAUGCAAGUCGUGCUUUAAUCUCGUGUACUGCAGUCACUGUACCUAAGCGAUCAAAUCAUCUUAGCAUGAAUAAUAUGGAUUCAAUGACUUCUGUCGGAAUAUUAAGUCAUACACCACCAGGUGUAGCUUGGCGGUAUGUUGAAGGUGGCCAGUUAAGAGAGGUGAGACGAUUAACUACAGAAAGUCAGACCGAUUCGACCGGGGAUCGGAAUUAUCUCUUCCAGUAUAAUUCAAGUGAAAACCAUCCAUCAGCAACUGUUCAACUGAAUAUUUCAUUGGAUACUAAACCACGAAGGUAUACAUGUGCUACAUGGGAUGAUAAGAAAGAGACAGAAGAAGUGAUUGUCACCCUGAAAGGUCCAGAGAUAAAAUCCUCGCCAACGUUGAAUAACAUCACUUGGUCAGCUAAACAUGACAGCGGUCUGAAUCAAAACUAUCUGACAAAGAUGACUGGUAAACAGCCAGACGAGAGUAUAAGAAAUGAAAUUCUAUUUGAACAACCACACUACUUAUAUCAAAAACAAUUCACUUUAUUAGAAAUGGCUGUCGCUGUCAUUUGUACAUUUUUGACAACAUUAAUAUUUCUGCUCAUCGGUGCUAAAUGCCUACGAAUGUGUAGACGGCAUACACUAUUCCGUUUAACUUCAAGUUGUAGUUCAAUCGGUGUCAAUGAUUCUAAAGGUGUUUAUCAUUCUGCGAAGGUGUUAAAAAGUGAAACCAAUAUCUCUGAAUCAAAUAUCACUCCAACAAAAUUGAAUGAUAUGACAGUACAAAGUGGAAUCAAUGAAAAUGGUUUCAGCUUUAUGCGAACACAUCCUAAUCCAUAUCCACAAAUGGUUUUAUCAACCCUAGGCAGUCAUAAUACCUUCUCAUCGCCACAAAUGGCACAACAUGCAAAUCUAACAAAUCAAUAUUUAUCGGUGACUGGUGUUAAUGGUUGUUUACCCCUUCCAUUGCCUCCCCCACCACCUCCACCUCCUGCUCCAGCUUCAUCGUCUGGCUCUGGCACCGAGGAUCUACAACAGAGUUUAGCUCUUCUCACAUCAACACCACUUAUUCAACAGAAUAAACUUAGAAAUCUUCUAGCAAAUGAUAAUUCGGCAGCGGCAGCAGCAGCUGCUGCGGCUGCAUUAUCUCCCUUCCUGACAAACACACAACCACACAUAGCUAAUUGGUUAGUUGCUCCAGGAUCACCGUAUUCUGUGACUGGUAGUCAUGUUUACGAUGUGCCUAGAACACUUGACAUUAAUCAAAGCACAUUACGAAGUUCAUCAGGUCUGGUGAAUCGAUCUAGUCUUCUCAGUGAAUUAGAAUGACAAUGAAUGAAUACAGAAGAAGCAAUAGUUUGUUUGCUUUUGCUCUUUUGUCGUCUUUUUUUUAUUUAAUUUUCUUCAGAUUUUCUUUACAACGCAUUCACGAAGAGGCUGAGUGAACGACAGAAGGGGAAGACAAUGAAUUCCCGUGUAUUUAUCUGUUUUCGCUUUUUUUUACAUUUUUUCUGAACCUUAAUCACAAACGAACUGUCGCCCCCCAACCCAACCAUUUAGUAAGUUGCUACACUUACACUCAUAUACACAUACACUGACCUUUGUACCUUGACCCAUUCUCUUCCUUUUCACAGCAUGACCACAUAUCAUCCGGUCCUUUGUGUUAUUAUACACACAGACAUAGAAGCAUUUUGAACAGGUGGAGAGAUUUAGCUAACUAAAUCCACCUGUAACUAUUACUGCUUUAAACGAUUACUGUUAUAUUAUCUAUAUCACUAUCGCUAAUUCUGUUGUUACUUCUAACUCUGGAAAGGGGUGUAAUCAUGAAAUAUCAGAGAAUGAGAACUAUUCAACACAUUACAAUAUCAUUGAGCUAUUUAUAUCUGAUAAAAAUAUUUUUUUUGUACCCAAAUGGGACCAUGUGUGAUGAGGAUCAUAAGGAUGCCUGAAUAAUCGAUAGUGAUCCCCCACUCUCUUCAUCGUUUGCCUAAUCUUCAUCGUAUUAAAAAAACAAAAGCAAAAACAAACAAACAAACCAAUAAUGGCGGUUUAUCUAUAAAAAAACAAAUGCUGAUUAUUCUACCACAAAAAAUAUAGUAGUCAAAUAACGUUUAAUUAUUCCUUUUCUUUUUCAACUCUCCGCCAAACUCUAAUCAAUACAAGAUAAGUAAUAACAGUACAGUUUCUUUUUGUUCCACCCGCCGUUUCCCCAUUUUUUUUCAAAUAUGGCUCUUUCCUUUCAUUCUUUCUUUUUUUACUCAACUUUCAAUGGAACUACACACACACACAGACAAACAAAAUAUUGAGUCCAUGGAGUAUUUAACACAUUCGCUUGACAAGACUGUCCAUGUGUAAAGCAUUUCCGCUUUCCUCUUCUUAUCUACCUACCUAUCUAUCUAUCUAUCUUUCUCCCUCUGACGUUGGAUUACACUUUUAUCUUGGCUAUUUAUAACCUCCACCAGAUCUUAUCAACGAGGCUCGCACACACACACACACACACAGAGGCACUCUUAUACGCAGAAUUAUGUGAGAUAUUGUUGCCAGUCUUCAGUUGUAACCCUUUUACUCUCACCGCCUCUCCUUCCCUCCCUCUGUCUGUUUCUCUCGCCUUUCUUUUAUAUUCAUUGAAAUUAUUUAUAGGUUGCCGAAUUUAUGCGUUACAUUGUCUUUCUUAAAUUUCUCCUUUUUGGUAUUCUUUUCAUUUUAUGCUUUUCACUAUUAGUUAAUUUAAUAAUUCAUUAAUUAAUUGAUUGAUUAAUUAAUUAACUAACUGAUUGAUUAAUUAAUUAAUUGAUUCACGAUAUAAUAAGUUUCACCAUUUUGAUCAUAACAGGAUGGUGAAUGUAGACACAAAGAACCUCCUCCCCCCCCAAGGGGAGAAGGGAUUGAAAGGAAACCAUGUGUAUGAAUAUCUAUCUUCCCUCUUUUCUUAUCCAAUGCAGUCUAAUGUGUACAUAUAAUAAAUAGUGAUGAUAACAAUAAAAACAAUUAUACUACUAUUAUUACUACUACUAUAAUAAUAAUAAUAAUAAUAGUG